AUGUCAACAUUCGCACUUCGAUCUCUUCUUUCGGACCCAUUCUUCACGUCCGGCCACGUGCUCCCGGCCGGGCCCGCAGAACCUGUUGGGCCCAUGGACUGGAAAGAGACCUCUGCAGCCCACAUCUUCAAAUUUGAUCUUCCGGGCCUGGCCAAACAGGACGUGAAGCUCCAAAUACACGACGACCGGGUGCUGCACGUGAGCGCGGACUUCAGAGAUGGCGAUUACUGCCAAAAGAGCGAGAAUUACAAGUGGCACUGUAGAGAGAGGCCGGCUGGCGGGAGCUUCUGCCGGGAGUUCAGGCUGCCGGAAAAUGCUCUGGUCGACGAGAUCAUAGCUGAAAAAAGUUCGAGAAAUAACCUGGAGAAAGACAUGGACGAGGGUUUGCAAGUGCUCAGGUUGCACCAAAGGAAAGUUUUCAUGGUGAACCUGUGGUGUGAUCUACCAUUCCCCCUUCAGGAAAUGCCAAGGGAGAAAAACCUGGAGCAGAAGGUUGUCGCGCAGGUCUCCACAGUGAGACAGCUGCCUCUUUCCCAAGUCCGCCGCGCUCUGCCCCCGGCGGCUGACCUGUCGCCCUUUUACUACCUGAAAACAUGCCCCAAUCUGGAGAGCAUUAUCCAGCAAAAAGUGAGUGCUUGGCUCAAAAGAGAUUACACGUUGGCUCCGGCCAUCAUCCGCCUCCACUUCCACGACUGUGCCGUCAGGGGUUGUGACGCCUCAGUCCUGUUAAACCACUCGGGCAGCGAGCGCUCGGCCGAGGCAAGCGCCACUCUCCGCGGCUUCCAGCUCAUCGACGACAUCAAGGCAGAGGUCGAGCGACGCUGCCCUCGCACCGUCUCGUGCGCCGACAUCCUCACGGCCGCCGCCCGCGACGCCACCGUCCUCGCCGGCGGGCCCUUCUGGGAGGUCCCUUUCGGACGCACCGACGGCCGCAUCUCCCUCGCCCGUGAGGCCGACGCCCUCGUCCCGCAGGGCCACGAGAACGUCACCGCACUCAUCAACCUCUUCGAGAAGGAGCUGGGGCUCUCGUACGUCGACCUCGUCGUCCUAUCCGGAGCCCACACGAUCGGGCGCACGAGCUGCCACGCCAUCAACAGGAGAUUGUUCGGGAGGAAUGGCGGCCCACCCAUGGAUGCUGCUUAUCGGAGUGUUUUAAGGGGGCGAUGCCGUAAUGGUUAUGAGAGCUUCGUGGAUCUGGAUGGGACGACACCGAGGAAGUUCGACGUGGCUUAUUAUGGGAAUCUUGGGAGGCGAAAGGGGGUUUUGGAGACGGACCAGCUGCUUUAUUCGGAUGGGAGGACGGCGGGGAUGGUGGGGCUGAUGGCAGGGCAGCCGGAGUUGUUCACGGGGCAGUUUGCGGUGUCGAUGACGAAGCUGGGGAACGUGAAUGUGGUGACGAGGAGGACGGGGAAAGGGGAGGUGAGGCUCAAUUGCAAUUACGUUAAUAAUUCAGUUUAUGAGCUUACUCUUUUAGGUUCUAAGGAGAUCAAAGAUGAGGAUGCAGAGCAAUGCAAUGGGCAUGAGUGGGUGGCAUGCGGGUUGUGGCUCGUGGAUGCCUGGUCCAUCGUCAACCAUCCUUGCGUUUACCUCCUCUAUUACGUUGGUCCGACUCCUCCAUGGAGACGUCCACCCUGCGCAGCCCCCACCCUCUUUUCCAUUUCGGUCAUCUCCCCCGAUGUGGUUCCGUCUCUUUUGGGUGAUUGUGUUGGCGGUUUGAGGCGAGGGUUCAACGAUGGGGGUGGGGCCACGGCCGCAGUCUCGAGAUGGUUCUGUCGGCUCUUACCUAUUCUUCUCCGCCGUCUCUUGGAGUUUGAGACGGGGAGUUGCUUCUGGUUUGUCGGAUUUGUGGUGAGGGAGUGGUUGGGCUUGAAACUUUGCGCGUGUCUGGCUCAGGGGUCGUCUUCGAACCUCGGCUCUCUGGUGGCUCUAGUUAGGUUGUUUCUCCUGCGGGCUAGCGAUUGCAUUAGUUGUGUGGGCGUCGUUCAAGUUCCUGGAUGCCAUAGCGGCUGUGGUGGUGGUUGUUGGUUUGCCGGCAAAGAACGGGUCUUGGGCUUGUAG